GUUUAUAUGUUUCCAGUUGCAGUGUACCUACACUGCAAUAUGCUUACAUUAGGCGCUACAAACUUUUGUAGCAAAUGCGCGAGUUCUUUGCCAUUUGUUAAAUGUUAUUUUUCGCGUAACGUCAAUGAAAAAGAAUUAUUUACAAUAUGUAGUGUGUAUGCGUUUAAAUAUCUCUGUAAUGAAAUUAUUACCUUAUAUUUAUACACAGCGAAGCAGCUAUGAAUACAAAUUUAAGUUCUACGGAUGGUGGCGGUGAUAAACGUUUGCCUGAGAAUACCGUGCAAACUUUAGCGCAAAACUUAACUACAAUGCAAAAUAUACAAAGCAUACAGAAUGUACAAAGUGUAGUUCAAAGUAAUAUACAAAGUAUACAGCCUAUGCAAACUAUUGUUGGAACAGUUGGGACUCCUACUAGCCUUGUUGGUAAAUCUGUAUCAUUGGACAUUAAUCCUAAAUUAUCUCUGAUGAAGCCUGUUAUUCCAUCUGGUGCAACGUCCAAUGCGGAAACAAAUAAGAUCACAACGACGCUUUGUUCAGUGGGUUCUACGGUAAGAAUUAUAUCGCCAAGUAUGUUGAAUGCAGUAGAACGUCAAAAUCAACAACAAGCUCAACAGUUAACUCAACAGAGCCAACAAAUUACUAGUAUGCCAGCAACGUAUCAUGUACCUAGAGGACCAGCAGCAGUUGCAAAUAUUGCUGCUCCAAGAUCAACAGUUGCUACACCUAUUGUUAGAGCUAACACUGGUCAAGCUGUACCCACUACAAGAGCAGGAAUAAGUACAACAGUAUCAAAUCCUCAAUGGCAACCUAAAGCAACUUCGGUUGUAUAUGCACAACCACAACGACACCCAACACCUCCUGUUAGUAGAGUAUCUACAAGACCUCCAUCUGCUGUUUACAGUGGACAACAACCUAGAUUAAUAACUCAAACCAAUCAAGGAAGAUCUGUACAGGCCACUAUGGUUACUGGAGUUCCUGGUACUCCGUCCAGAUUAAUAGCACCCAUUCUACAAACAAGUAAUAGUAUUACACGACUUCCAGUUGCACAAAACAGACCUCCAGCUACUCAAGUAGCAAAUGUUUCGCAAACAUCACAAACUGGAAGAGCAUCGACGCAAGCUAUUCAACCUAAUCAGACAAGCAGAUCUCUCAGUACAACAGGUACAGUAAACCGUAUAGCUGUAUCUGCACCAGUAGUAGGAACAACAAGCAGAAUAGGUGGAACAGCUUCUGUUAGUGUCCAACCAACAUUGAGCCGACAGUUAUCCAUUAAUACAACAGCUGGUCCAUCAGCUGGUACUGUCAGUCGUAUCGUAAUCCCACAGCAACAGGUGCAACAGCAGCAGGGAACAGCGCGUGUUGUUCAAACAGUAACUCCUUUAUCAAGUCUUAAUGCAGUUUCACGUGUUAUUACAACAACAGCAAAUACAUCCAAUGUCACAAGAUUACCACAAACUACAACUACUGUUACAAGAAUAACUGGAAUGUCUUUGCAUCCAUUACCUUUGGCUCCAGCAAGAACUGCAUCAACGCCAGUAAAAACUGCACAAGCACAAAAUAUUGGGCAAGCGGUACAGAUAAAACAACCUGUUCAACAAUCAGGACUUCGUUACUCUUCAACAAAUACUACCAAUUCAACUUCUAAUCCUCCUCAGUCAGUUCAAGGUCAAUACUUGCAUCCACCUCAUACUACUACUACCUAUUAUUCUUUGGAGACUGGUGGUACAUACUCUCAGUAUCGACAGGCUUCGGUACAACCUGUAAGAUUACUUGUUGAGCCAGGAUAUGAUGAACCACACAGUAAACCUAAUGCAUCUCCAAGACCAAGCAUACUUAGGAAAAGAGAUCAUGAUACUUCUCCUAUUAAGGGUGCAGCUAAAAAUCUAGUUCCCGUUCUUACUUCCUUACCAUCAGUACCAUCAACAUCCAGUCCUCCUGGUUCUCCAAGGGAUCAAGAUGGUGGUGGUUGUCAAAGUUCAGGAUCAACUACUGUUUCAGCUACUUCAUCUCCUGGUCUUGAUGAAGACCCGGAACAAUCAAGGAUAACAAUUAAUCCAACAAUAGAAAUGUCACCAAGGAAGAAACCUCGUAAACAACAAUUAACAGGUGUUGAAUUAACAGAGCCUAGAUGUACGGAAGAAGAAAUGCAAUUUAUUACGGAGGAAAAAGUAAAGAAAGAAAUAAAAGACGAUUUGAAAGACAAAACAACUGACAAAAGACAUAUGUCUAAUGUUCAACGAGAUAUGAAAUCUCCUCCUAUACACCUAAUACCUAUUACUGGACGAAUACGACCACCAAGCUUAUUAGGUUCUUCUUGGACAAAUAGAUGGAGUGGUAGACUUCAUCAUUACAGGAGACCUAGUGAGGUACGACCGCGUGAAGAAAGGAGACCCUCAGUAGCAGAAUUGGCACAGCAGAAACAUGUUCUACAAAAAUUAAAUGGUUGGAAAGUGUAUCAUAUUACAGCACAAAUGGAUGACAUUGCUGAGCUUGAAAAUCAGGUAUAUGAAAAAUUAAAAACGACAUUGACAUUACUUGAGUCUCAACAGACUAUUAAAAGUAAGCAAGAUGAUGGACUUGAACGUAUAAACGAACUCAUUAAAGGAAAUAUGCAACGUAGUAGUUUUAUCAGCGAUGGAAUGAACGAAGCACGCGCGCAAUUAAUUUCUAUUUUUCAACACAAAGAACCUAUCACGGAUAUUUUACAGCGUUGUGGAAAUAAGCGUGCUCAAAAAAAGAGAGAUAAAUGAGCUAUUAAUGUUGAUCAAAUUAGGAAAAAAGGAGCACUUUAAGAAACCUCUGUACACAUAAGGUUCGAAAGGGAGUUAUUUUUAUCUGUGUCACAGAAUCUACAUUAUAGAAGUAAAAUAAUAAAUGGUUUUAUAAGUCUAAUUGACAUAAUUGUCGCUAAUAUGUUUAUAA